CCUCCUACCAGGCUACCACUAUUUAUAGGACACCCAUAUCUCUCUUCGGAUCCUCACCUAUACUUCACUCUAUCUACCAGUCUCUUCUUCUUUGUCAAUUGUACCAAUCAAAUCAAUUAAACCACCACAAUGGCUGCCGCUGGAAAGCUUGAUGUCGAGGUGGUGCUGAAGACCAGUGCAGACAAGUUCUGGGAGACCAUUAGGGACUCCUCGACCGUGUUCCCCAAGGCCUUGCCUCACCAGUACAAAAGCAUCCAAGUCCUUGAAGGGGAUGGCAAGUCUGUGGGCUCUGUUCGCCUUAUUCAUUAUGCUGAAGCGUCAUCCAUUGUGACAUUUGCAAAGGAGAAGAUUGAUGCGGUGGACGAAGAAAAGAAGAUAUUAUCUUACAGCGUGAUCGAAGGGGACCUGCUGAAAUUCUACAAGAGCUUCAAGGCCACACUGACGGUGAGCGCAAAGGGAGAAGGGAGUUCGGUGAUAUGGGUAUCCGAGUACGAGAAGGCAAGCGAUGAGAUUCCCGAUCCGAGCAUCAUCCGAGACUUUGCGGUCGACAACUUCGCAAAGCUUGAUGCCUAUCUCAAGGCAUAGUAUGAUCAAGUAAUACCUCCAUUGUUGUUUGUUUCAAUGAGUGUUUUAUCUCGUGGAUGUAAUAGUAAAUAAGGUGGAGUACUCCCCGAAGACUCUGCAGUUUUAUAUGUUAUGAUUCCAUCUCAGUUUCAUGAGUAUUUGAUUUAGUCCAUAGUGUGAGCUGCAUUAUCAAUUUGCUCAGAUGGAUUAAUGUACUGCUUGUUCUGAAUAUAGCAUUGAGCUGUUCUAUGUCA